AAGAGGAAAUGCACGCUACUAAUUCGACCCUUGUAUAUAUACGUUACAUUCAUCCAUUUAAAUAUUAAUUCAUCCAACUAAUGCUAACUAAGAUAGAUUAGGUUAGUUGAACAUAAUUGUGCCACGCUCUCAGCAUCUAAUGUCGGGGGAUAAUUCCGCAUUCCGUGGUUGGUGGUUGAAUUUAGUGUUACGAUGUUAAGCAACAAUCCAGUCCACGUCUCGCGUCUAUCUCCUCUUUUCGGAUAACCAGGGAACCAAUCUCCAUGAUAACCAGGUUUCCCGUUGCUCUGUGUCACUUUAUCAGUCUGUUGAUAAAUAACAGAACUUCUCAACUUGGGAAACUAAAUUCUAGGCGCUAAAAGUUUACAUUUAAUUGAGAAUAAUUUUUCGAAAUAAUUUUGAAAAACGCUUUAAUAUAUGUUUUACAAAACACGAUUAAAACAACCAUAAAGAACAAAUAGUUAAUUGAACAGUUAUGGCAUAACUCCCACAUUUUGGGUAUUUGUUCAACGCUAAAUCGCCACUUUAAAAAAUAUAUGACGUCAUUGAACGAAUUUUAAUCCGACAAGUAUGUAUGCUGUCGGCUGUAAACAAACCGUUGAUCGUAUAUUUCCAUUCGUUUGUUAUGGUUUAAGAAAAAGGUAAGUUACAAAGGUGAUAUUUAAUACUUAUUUUUAAAAAAUAGAUUGUGUUGUAGUUUUCGUUUAAUAACCGAAACGUUUGUAUCCAGUUUUUAGUGCAUAAGAUUCGUGUUAACUAAAUGAACGAUUCCGUAGUUUGGCCUCGAUCCUGAUAAUGUUAGAUCUUUUUUCUGAUAACCAGUAUUGGAAGCCACCUUUGCCGGAUAUUUCUGUUGACAUACAAUAUUUGCCUGUACAAAAUCAAAACAAAACUAAGGAUAACAAUGUCCAUCAUAAUGAUGUUGCAUGUACUAAAGCUACUGAGUUGCUUGUAGUUGAAAACUGCUACUGUAGCCAGCUGAAUCUUUCUGAUCAAUCCAACAAGAAAAAUCAAUACAUGAUGGCUCCUUGUGGGCUGUAUUAUCAUAGUGCAAAUCCCGAAAGUAAUUCCAGCUCCCUGUAUACUGAAGAUAGUCUACACACAAGCAGUCAGAAGAAACCUAAUGAAUUAUUUAAAAGAAAGUGCGCGUACUGUGUAACUGCAGCAAAAUUUCAGGGAAAUAACAACAACAGCAACAACAAUUCAAAUGCUUUGGAAUUAAUAAGUCGUGCUUCCACUAAAUCUGCUAAAUCAGAUACUUUGCAAUUAAAUCCAAGUUAUGAUAGAUUACUGUCGGUAAAAAGUACUUGUGGUAAAAGCAUGGGGAACACUGAGAGCAACAAUGGCCGAAGAUAUAACUUGAUCACUUCAGAUAUAGAUAAACUUGUCGUAGGAAAAUCGAAAGGUCACAGUCACAAUAAAAGAAGUUUACAAACAAGUGGGCGGAGUAAAAGUCUGUCAACUAAAAGAAAGGAAUUACAAAUCACCGAUGAUGGAUUUUGUUUAACUACUAAAAGUUCAAGAUUAUUAGACAGAGUGAAAUCUGAAGAUGAAAUAACAUUUGAAGUCGUUCCAGAGUCUAAAAAAAGUUCAAAACCUCAAAGCCAUGUGAAAAGUUUACUAUCGAAUGAGCAUGAAGAAAUAUCCACAGAACAACGGAGAUUAGAAGAUGUUGCAAAAGAAGUUGUGAAUAGUGUUGUUGUUGAUGCUGAGGUUAAUAUGUUAGUUGGUGGUCCAUCUCCUGUGUUAUAUGAUGGUGGAACACCUUGUUAUUGUAACAUGGCUCAACGGAGUUUGGUUGAUGUCUCAACUAACAGCACGUUCUCAGGUGAAACUUUGCUAAAUUGGUUAUUAUGUGGUGGCAAAUAUAAAGACAAUUGUAAUGAUGUUUUUGUGACUGAGUUUUGUGAAAAACUUUUAAAAUGUGGAAUUCUACGCACACAAACAAAUAUUCCUGGAGCAAAAUUUAAAUUGAAUGGUUUGUACAAAUGGUUUGAACCAACACAAAGAUACAAAUCAACCAGUGAGCCAAAUCUUGAACAAUUACCAUCUGAGCCUAAAAACAUGAAACGAAAUUCGUUACCAAGUGAAAAACAACAGAGGCUGCCCACUACUGUCCAGUCAAAGUUAAACUCCUAUAUUUCAGUUGCUGAUUUAUCUUCUAUUACAACUACAAGUCCAAAUGAAGGUUUUCGAAACAAUUCAAAUCGUUUAAAGACAAAUAUCGACCAAUCCAGCAUCGCAACUCAAACAGAGGUUUCAUUCAGUGAAUGA